AUGUCCAACAACGCCGCGGUCGCGGGCGACGGGCGCGAGAUCGGCCGCGCCCAGGCGCUGCAGGCCCGUGCCGCCGGCAUCGAACCCUGCGUCCACAUGAACCCGGUGCUGCUCAAGCCCGAGAGCGAGCACGGCGCCCAGGUGGUGGUGCAGGGCACCGUGACCGGCACGGCCGAUGCGCGCCGCUACCACGCGCUCAAGGCCGCGCUGAUGCCGCGCGUGCUGGAGAGUUUCGGGCGGCUCGGGCAAGAGGCCGACCUGAUCCUGGUGGAAGGCGCGGGCAGCCCGGCCGAGGUCAACCUGCGGGAGAACGACAUCGCCAACAUGGGCUUCGCCCUGGCCGCCCGGGUGCCCGUGGCGCUGGUGGGGGAUGUGGACCGGGGCGGCGUGAUCGCGAGCCUGGUCGGCACCUGGGCGCUGCUGCCGGCGCCCGGAGCGCGCGCUCACCAAGGGUUUCAGCGGGAGACCGGGUGGGCGGCGCUCGGCCUCGUGCCCUGGUUCGAGGCAGCCCGGCUGCUGCCCGCCGAGGACAGCGUGAGCCUGGAUUCCACGCCGGCGAUGCCCGCAGCCUCGACCGGCCGCGCGAUCAAGAUCGCCGUCCCCCGCCUGCCGCGCAUCUCGAACACCGACGACCUCGACCCGCUCCGCGCCGAGCCCGAUACCGUGCUCGACCUCGUGCCGCCGGGCCGCGCGCUGCCGGGGGACGCCGACCUCGUGCUGCUGCCGGGGAGCAAGGCAACCCGCAGCGACCUCGAGGCGCUGCACCGCGAGGGCUGGGCGCUCGACAUUCAGGCCCACGUGCGGCGCGGCGGCUGGGUGGUGGGCCUCUGCGGCGGCUACCAGAUGCUGGGCCACCGCGUCGCCGACCCGGCCGGCAUCGAGGGGCCGCCGGGGGAGACACCGGGGCUCGGCCUGCUCGAUGUCGAGACGGUGAUGAGCGAGGGCAAGCGCCUCGUCCGUGCAUCGGGCCACGCGCGCGAAGGUGGCGAGGCGGUCUCGGGCUACGAGAUGCAUAUGGGGGAGACCACGGGGCCGGACACGGCGCGGCCGUUGGUCACCCUUGCAAGCGGGCCGGACGGUGCACGCUCGGGCAACGGCCGGGUCAUGGGCUGCUAUCUGCACGGGCUCUUCGCCGCCGACGGCUUCCGCCGCGCCUUCCUCGGCCGGCUGCGGCGGCGGGAGACGGCCGGCAUCGCCUACGACGCCCUGGUGGCCCGUGCGCGCUGA